CGGCGUCUUCCUUCAUUCAUACGUGCACUUGCAUACGAUUUCACGCACGAUUCAUGCUCAUAUGACUGUUGUUGGUUCCACAAACUGAGAGAGUCGUGUCCCAAGUGACAGGAGAGAUGGGAGGACAAGGGAGUAAAGUUGAAGAGUGCUCUAGCAAAUAUGAAGCUGUGUUUAAUGCUGCCGAGAAAGCCGAGCUGGGGCGAGUUUUCAACGUGAUUUGCAGCGGUGAUGGACAUACAAAUGUGAAGACAGCGUUUGGAUUGAAAUGUUUACAGGACUACAUUGGUGACCGACUCUCAGAUAAAAUUAUAACAAGACUUCACGCAGAAAUGUGCAACAUGCUAUCAUCCAGUAGUGAAAAACACUCCAUUGUUACCAUGGAAAUGUUUACUAUCACCAUGGCAUUUCUACUGAAAGGCACAAUAGAGGAGCAAAGUUGCAUAAUCCAUCACUUAGCAACCGAAAAUAAUGACUCUGUAUCUUCACAAGACAUGUAUGAGUUUGUUAGUGAUAUCAUUCAUUAUGUGGAGGAUGCCUUGCAGCCUAUAAUAGAAGCAAAACAUUGGCAACUCAAAACAACACCUGAAUCCAAUGAUAGAUUUGCUAGAUAUCUUGUUAAAGACUUAUUCUGGAAAGAUGUAAGUGUAACUACAGAUCUACCGGAUAAGUCCUACUCCCCGGAUGACAUCCAGAUAUGGCUGGAAUCAAAACCACACUUUGCUGAAGUGUUUACUGAAGUGUUUAGAUAUGCAUUCAAAUUUCAAAUGGCAAAGAGUGUAGUGACUGCCUCCACAGAUGCCUACCAAUCAGUCGACAUCUUUCCUCUAUGUCAAGAUGUGAAAUUUAUAUGGAAUAAACUACAAACGCUACUAGACAUUCCGUCAAUGUUAAUGUUGAACCAACAUUUACCCGGGAAACUGAAAACCGAAUGGAGGUUGUUAUUUUCCACCAGAUUACACGGUGAAAGCUUUGCGACAUUCUUGCAACAUAUUACUUUGAAAGGACCUACGAUUAUUCUAGUCAAAGAUCAUGAUGGUCACAUGUUUGGUGGGUUUGCAUCGGAGGAAUGGAAAACACAGGCGCAAUUUUAUGGCAAUGCAACUAGUUUCCUAUUCAGUUUAUAUCCCACAAUGGAAGUCUACGAAUCAUCUGGGAGAAAUGGACACUACAUGUAUAUAAAUCUGAAUCAACAAACAUUACCCAAUGGAUUGGGCAUGGGUGGUCAAUUAAAUUACUUUGGUUUGUGGAUAGAUGCCAAUUUUGGCAAAGGCAGCAGUAAGGCAAAACCACGGUGCACGACGUAUGACAGUCCACAACUCUCAAAACAAGAAAACUUUCAAGUAGAUGUUGUGGAAGUGUGGCAUGUGGGUCCAAUCCAAGUGAUCUCAGAGGAUGAGGAUAAACCUAGCAUUCUGGAUGCUGAUCCUGAAGCGGCAGCCAUCUUGGAAUUAAUAGGUAAAGAACGAAAGAGUGAAGGACUGAGAGAAAAGGACCCUUCAUAGAUAUUCCUGAAGUUAAAGGAUUGCCACCCAUGUGAAUAAUUCAGUUCUCCAGCAUAAUUGAAUCUUUUAAUAUAUACAAAUCUGCAACUUGUGUCCUUGUGAGGCAUUAUGUAAUUAUCGAAUAGUGCAAUAGGAUUUUAAAGUUUUAGCAAAAAAAAAAUUUCCUCAUGAAAUCGCGUUUUACAUAUUCUAAGAUCCACCAUUUAAGUUGGAAGACUGCCUUGCUGAGCCAAAUUUUCAGCGCUUACAGCAACCAAGAACUGGGAAUCAUUUACACUGGUAUCAGAAAAUGUCAAUACUGCCCUCUAUAGUCUUAUUAUGGGAAAUCUGGCAUAUACAAUUCAAUGGACCGGCAAACAAAGGAUUUUAUUACAAGAAAUGAGACAAAUUGUGCAUUUCAACAUCCGUGAUCCUCAGUGAAGACCAUGAAUGAAUCUGUGAAAGCAGGACUGUGCAGUAAUCUGUAUCUGCUAGCAAUUUACAAUGAAUAAUUUUACAAGCAUUGAAUUUAUAAUCCAGCAUAUAUUUUAUUAAAUUCGAAAUAAAUAUUACACAUCG